AUGGACUCGUUCCUCUCACUCUCGGCACUUGGUGACAAGCUGUCUGAGAUGCCAGGGCAUGCAAGUCUGCCUGGCACAGAGCACUACAUCAAGACAAGAGCACGGCUUGCAAUUGAAAAAGCCAUGACAGACAACCCCGACAAUGAGCCGGCACAAAUAGACGCGAUAGCCGAAAUUCGUCGAUAUUUCAGGGGCUACGGCCCAGUGGUGGAAAUCGUCAAUACAUACAUUGACGGCAAGAUUGACGUAACGGAAACGGUCCGUCAAAUAGCUGAGCCCAUAGAGCAUGCAUACACCACCGCCGACGGUGGCCGCUUGUUCGUAUCUGAAGAGGCAACGGCUCGCCAUCAACGCAAAUUUUGGAGGUCGGACAAGGCGCUCGAGAUGUGGGGUCCUGAAGAGAAUAUUGAGGAGCUUCAGGCUCGUGUGACCGAUCCGAUCGAUGCGCCGUCCGUAGAGGGUCAACUUUGGGACCUCUAUUACACUAUUCUACAUGCCUCGAAGAAGAUCCCAUGGAGCGACAACGACGCUCAGCAGGAACUUGUCGAUCUAAUAGCCGCGCUGAAGGCACGGCCAAACCCACCGAGGCCGGCGAACAUGACCACAGCUUUGAAACACCACUGGAUUUACUUUUAUGGGGAGCUUUGGAGCGAUUUGGUCCUUCUAGGUCCCUCGGCCCGGGAGACGUGGAACGAUCUUCCUGGAUGUGGUGCCGGGUGGGAAAGACCUGAAGUCAGCGCGUGGGUGAACGUAAACGCGUUUGUAGCGCGCUUGACUAUACAGAAAGUCCGGAAUUUUGCCCUCUAUGGCAGCUGGGCGCUUCGAGAGGCACUGGACGAGAAGAUUGAGAUUUAUCCUGACAGUCACUUUUCUGCUCCUUCAAAGGCCUACAAAGCUGAAGUCCUCUUCAAGGUGGCGGCCGUCUGGAUACGUGUGGCAGGGCGGUACAUGUUUGAUCACCUUCAACCGGAUUCCGAAGGUGAUAAGGAGUCAAAUCCGGAGUUUUGGACUCAUUCACAGUGGGACAGAUGGCGGAGAAGGUUCGAGGAGGAGGCACAAAAGGUGCAAUAUAACCAUGAGGUUACCGUGAUCGCAAAAGAAUGCGCCGCGACUAUGGCCGAAAUUUCAGCCACUCCCAUAAUGGAUUGA